UACGGUGGCUCUGGGCUUAACUGGCUGUCGGUCGCUGGACGCGGCGUCAGAGCAGUUGCUCGUCGGUUGAUGGGAAGAGACGACAUGCUUUCUCUAGUGCUGCCCCUGCUGCUCGCCGCAGUCGCCCUGGCCGUGUGGCUGUGGGGCCAGCUGAGGCGCCCUCCAGGAUUCCCGCCAGGUCCAACAUGGCUUCCAGUGAUUGGCAACUACCUGGAAAUCCGUCGCCUGAGCAAGAAACUCUCAUCACAGCACGAGGCGUUCGCUCACCUCGCCGAGCAGUAUGGGUCGCCCGUGAUCGGUUUACAUGUUGGUGGCGAUCUGACCGUCAUCGUCUCCACCAGGAGCCUCAAACGCGAGGUGCUCACACGGCCCGAAUUUGAAGGACGGCCCCAGAACUUCUUCACGUACCUACGCACUCUGAAGCUCCGAAAAGGUGUAGCGAUGGUGGACGGCAAGCUGUGGCAGGAGCAGCGCGCCUUCGUGAUGAAACACCUGCGCUCUCUGGGCUUCGGCGGGCCAGCCAUGCAGGAUCAGGUGGGGGAGGAGGUCCGCGCCAUGCUCGCAGAACUGAGCGACAGCCGUGGGAGGCCGAUGCAGCUCAAGCAACUGCUGCCACGCUCGGUGCUCAACGUCAUUUUCCACUUCUGCGCUGGCUACCGCUUCCCGCGCGACGACCAGCAGCUACAGACCCUGAUCGACCUGCAGGACGUGCGUUCGCGCGCCUUUGACAUGACUGGAGGCAAGCUCAGUGCCAUGCCGUGGCUGCGCUUCAUCCAGCCCGAGGCAACGGGCUACAACGCGAUCACCAAGUUCAACGACAUGGCAAGCGCCUUUUGUAUGAAACUCAUCGAAGACCACAAGGCUGCAUAUUUUCCAGGGAAGAAGACAGAUCUCAUAGACGCGUAUUUGUAUGAAAUUGCAAAAGCAAAAGAAUCCCAAGAUGAUAACACAACAUUUACGGAGGAUCAGAUUCUCAUGGUGUUAUACGACAUGUUAGAUGCUGGCUUGGAAGAAACAAGCAGCGCUCUUCAAUUUGUUUUUCUUAUGAUGUUACGGCAUCCCGAUGUCCAAGAACGAGUGCACAAUGAGAUAAAAGAAGCAGUUGGUACUGACAGACCUCCAACACUCGAAGACAAAGACAGGUUGGUUUACACCACAGCUGCCCUAAUGGAAUCACAGAGAAUGUGUUACGUGUUACCAAUACGUGGACUUCGGCGGGUUCUCGAAGACACCACGCUACACGGCUAUAGACUCCCAGUGAAUACUACUGUACUGAUAAACAACUGGUCACUGCAUAUGGAUAAAGAACACUGGGGUGAUCCUGAAGUUUAUCGACCAGAACGUUUCAUUAGUGAAACUGGACUACUUAGAGAGGAUGAUGCAUUCGUACCUUUUGGUCUGGGUCGACAUCGAUGUAUGGGGGAGCAUUUUGCAAAAAGUUGUUUAUUCCAUUUUUUUGCUGGAAUCUUGCAAAAAUUUCAACUUGUUCCUGCUGAUGGUACUGACCUGAAGUCUACUGCUCUUGGGGGAUUUAAUCUUGCACCAAAACCUUUUGACAUCAUUUUCAAAUCUCGAUAACAUUGCAAAACCAUACAAAUAUAAUUGUUUUCCUUAUUGUAGUAACAACUGAAACCCAAUAGAUGAAUACAUUUUACUGAACUUAUUACAAAGUUAAUUACUUGUAAAUAAAAUUUUAUUAAAUUAUCAUCUCCAUGCUGCCAAACUGUUAUUUCCAAAAAUUUUAUUUGAGUUUUUGAGAGGAAAGAAAAAUGGUGAAACAUAGAAGUGAAGUUUAUAAAAAUAUGUUAUAUGUGAUCAAGGAGAGGAGUGUUUUCAUAUUGAUAGUUGUUGAUACAUAGGCUAUAGCUAUUAACAAACAAUUAAAUUCUAAUUUAAUUUCAAUACCAUACUUUGCAGGUAGUUCAUGUGUAUCAUCACCCAGAUAAAUGUACCAUUUUGUUUAUGGGAGUCGCAUUAACAACUGAAUGAUACAAUAAUCUGUUAGGGAAAUAAACAUGUGGUGAUGGCUUGAUUUAUUUCCCACAGUCCUGUUCUUCUUUAUCACAAGUUAAUAAACAACAGGAUACAAUAA